CUUUAAUUUAUCACCCUAGUUCAAUAUGCCACCAAAACAAAGUUCAAAAAGUGAAACGGCAUUGGUCAGGUCAAUGAGUGAACUGCUUAAAGACUAUGAGCAUAGAGCUGAUCAUUAUGAAACAACUGUUUGUAAUUCAAUUAAAAAGUCCUUCAGAAAAGCUUUAGAAGAAGACCGUCCUGUAACAAGAGUAAGCCACGUAAUACGUAUUCGUAACAAUGAAAAUAACAAUGAUAUUGAAGUUUUUAGUUGAUCCGCAAGAUCGUCGACUAGUUGAAUAUUGGGAUGACAACAAGUUGAUUGAUGCUCUUAAAGAAGAUACUGACGAUAGUAUCUCUGUUAGGAAAAAGAAAGUUCGGAACAAACCAUUAAAAGAAGAUAAACCAUUAGUUAAACUUUUACCACUGAUUGAAGCCAUACGUGCAAAACGGUAUACAUUGAUAAAAGAACUAUUUGUAUGGGAUUGUCAUAUUGAAAACGAUGAUAUGAUAGCACUAACUGGAUUGUUCAAUAAAGGAUGUUAUUUGCUAACACGUGUUGAGCUGAUUGACUGCUUUUUAGAUGCCAAAAGUAUCGGUACAUUGAUGGCUAAUAUUGCAAGCUGCAAAACACUACGUGAUUUGUGCUUGGAUUUUAACGAUCUUGGUGAACAAGGUUGUCGUGCAUUAUGCAAUGGAUUAGCUAAAAGUUGUUAUCUUAUUCACCUAAGCUUAAGCUUUUGUGGACUUACAAAACAAUGUGGUUUAUGGCUUGGAAAUUUAGUUGCAGAAACUGCCAUCAGGGAACUUAUUUUAGAUGGCAAUAAUCUGGAAGCUGAAGGUACAAUAGCUCUUCUCAGUCUACUGUCUGAUGCUGCAGACAGAGAAGGAUUUGAACGCAAUGAAGCGAUAGGAAAAAAACAAUUAUUUCAAGAAGAAUCGAAAAAAAGAAAUCGAGUAAAUUUGGAUGCCUUACCUCCAUUGAACGAGGGGUUGGAUGAUGAUACUGAACUGGCGCUUCAACCUCCGCCACCGUUGUCACCAUUAUCAAGUAAGACGAACUCUGCCAAAAAAUCUAAGAAGAAGAAGUCCUCUAAAGUGGGGAAACGUGGUAAAAAAGGUAAAAAUAAAUUUUCACUUCCUGCAGUUGGUCCGCAGAUUUCUGUACUUAAAUUAGCUGAUAAUGGAAUUAAUCAUUAUGGUCGAGGUGGAAAUUUCGCUACAGUUAGAUGUAUGCAAUUAUUAAAAAGUAUAAUUUCACAUAGUAAAGAUUUACAAGAGAUUGAUUUGUUCUCUAAUGACAUUGGUGAUCUUGCUGCAAGACAAAUUUUAGAAGGAAUAUUAUUUCGGAAAGACGCUAAACUGCCACAAAUCGGUGUACGAUUGGGUCACCGUAUUAAUCAAGAUACAUUUGAUAUGGUGCAUAAAUUAGCACCUGGUCCAAAGAAGAGAAAACGUAAAGGAAAGAAGGGAAAAUGAACAAUUAUUCGGUGAAAAAUAUUCAUGAAAUGAGGCAUUACAACAACUACUUGGGUGAAGAUUGUGGACAGAUACAUUUAAAUUCACAUAAUUUUCAAAAGUUAUGCAUAUAAAUAACAUGCCGUUGAUGUUAUUAUACACGUUUUUGAGUGAGCAUAUAAAAAAGGUUGGUUCUAAUGUACAGCAUUCCAAAUACUACAAAACAUAACACAUUUAUUUUCCGAUUUCCAACUACUGAAGAUUUCUUUAUGGAUGACUCUUAAAAAUUAUUUUCACUGGACAAAAC